AUGUGUUUGUCUUGGAUUUCAACUCAACACAAGAGAUUUGUGACCAAAAUGAACAACUUAGUGUUGUCUGAAAUAUCAUCAUGUCACUCCGGAUAAUUUGAAUAGCUAUAUUCAGGAAGGCUCUCAAUAAAGCGGAUACAAUAAAACACAUUCUUCCCCCAUAAAGUUAGUACAAACUUAAAUUGUGCAAUUCGCUAUCCUGUCUAAAUCUCCUUUUUUGUAGUCCCAUUUUGUUUUGUUGUGUUUCAGGUGACAUCUGUUCAUCAUUGAAGUCGCCUCAAGAUGUCUUGCCUUGUGGUGACGAGAAAACAUCUAAAGAUUCCUGCUUGGCCAUUGGCUGUUGUUGGAAUGAGACCAAGUUAAACAACACACAGGCUUGUCACAGGUGCGUUGUCAUGCUCAGUUUAAUAUAAUCAGUGGCAUAACGGGCGGGUGUUAGGAUGUCCAGUGACGGGGGGCCCCCGAGCUUUGGGGCCCCCGGCAAAACUACCAUAAAAUUUGAUAAUACAUUUCCAGGGAAUUGAAUAACGAAAAACAGAAAAGCAGUUUUUAAAUACAUGAAUUAGUAGUUAGAAACUCGAUCCAAUAACUGUGUUUCCUUUUGGAGUUAGUUGACCAGCAAGUGCUAAAGUGGCACGUGGUUGAAACCCAGCUAUACCGCUGUGCCUACCUCAAACUGAUGAAUUGUAUACAUAAUGUUGUGGUAAACAAUGCUGCAAUAGCCUGCCACCUUCGAAUGCAACUAAGACGUGCAAAGCCAUUUGCAUGGCGAUAAAAUGAAGUAUCUAGUAUUUCGUGCUAGCAGGUGGUUUCACUAAACCAUAUUCAUUGGAAAACACAUGGUGGAUUGGUGGUCAACUUUGCACGUAUUGUGUCUACAGAUAAUACAGUCUAUUAUUUGGUGGCCCAGAGGGAGGGGGCCCAAGAGUGGCCGAUUGACGGGGGACCUCCAGAGGUUGCGUUACGCCACUGGUUAUAAUUGCACAUCAAGGUUAGUAAAAUUGUAAAGUUUGGCUGAAAAGUAUCUAAAAAUAUCGACAUUAUGACCUCGUGAAGUUUGACAAUUUUCAGUAUUUUUGUAUCGCGGUUCUAAUAUAUUUUAUACCUGCUUCCGCCUGAAAUGGGUAUAAGACAGUGGUAUAAAAUUAGAACCGCAAUACAAAAACACUGAAAAUUGUCAAACUUCGCGAGGUCAUAAUAUCGAUAUUUCUAGAUAUUUUUCAGCCAAUUUUACUGAUUUGGAGGUGCUCUUUCCAGCUGUGGCGUUGGAUUUUCUUUUCUUCGCUUUAAUCGAGAAUUUCACGAUCGCUGAAUUUAUCUAUAGCGGGGUCCAAACAAGAAAUUAUAAAAUGAAAAUCUCCGAAAGUUCUAAAUUUCAAACUAACUAGAUCUCACAAGUAGGUUAGUAUAGGUAAUCAUGCGAUGUUGCUGGUACAAUUAGGGAUUAAUAGUACGAGUGAUGUUUGAAAAUUUUGCCAAAAUUGGACGAGUCGCCGAUUACUUGUUUAUUAUUAGCAUGACAAUUGUCAAUGUCAACAACAUACUCUCAUCAAAGACCAGUCCUGCCAAACUUUCGGGAAGCCUCGCAGUGGCUCGGAAGAUCUGCUCCAAUUGGACAAAAGUUUUCUAAAGAACGAAACAAUUCAUUGUUAUAAACACAAAAGCAAUUGUCAAAUGAAGCCAAUGAAAAUCCUUGUUCCGAGACACUGCGACCCUACCCAUACUUUCAACCAAAAUUUCGGGUGCUUUUGUUCGUAUUUUUAUUUAGUGCUUUUGCUUAAAGUUCCUCCAGGGCCAUUUUAUUUGUGCUUAAAUACCUUUCCGCCAUUUUUCUUUGUUUUUUGGAAAAUCAUUAAUUGGACUGCAGUACAAUAUAUGAAAUAAUUGUACUCCUCUCAAUCCUCCCAAUCAGUAUCCAGUAAUUUUGUCAUGCUAAUAAUAAGUAUGGUUAUAAGGGAGAACGAGUUGUGUGGAUUUGAUUCUCAGUUCCUCAGAAUUGUAAAUUUCAUCGGCACUACGGUUUCGCGUUCCAGAGAUCGUGUGGGAUGAAAUUCUUACAUAAAAGCUGUUCUGGCGACUUCUCAACACUGAAGGCCAAUACUUGAAACUUCGAAGAUUACUUCUGUGAUCCAAGACCUAUCUCUGAUAUUUAAUGAUCCAAGAUCUAUCUCUGAUAUUUAAGAUAUGUCUCUUCAAUCCAAACACGGAUAGAAUUAAUACCAGGGUACAUAUCCGCGUCGUAACAAAAUUUAUUAUUAGCAUGACAAAAUUACUGGAUGCUGAUUGGUUGAGAGGAGUACAAUUACUUCAUUAAUUGUCAGUGCAGUACAAUUAAUGAUUUUCCCAAAGCAAACAAAAUGGCGGAAAGGUAUUUUUAAACAAAUGAAAUGGCCCUACGCGAACUUAAAGCAAAAGCACUAAAAGAAAAUACGAACAAAAUACCAACUUUUCGUUGAACGUCUGGCAGGACUGGGCUUUGGCGAGAGAAUAUGAUGUUGACAUCGAGAAUUGUCAUUCUAAUAUGUAAUCAUGCGAUGUUGCUCGUACAAUUAGGGAUUAAUACAGCAUCCGACGCUCGCCUAGAUAUCCACGCUCGAGGGUUUUGGGAGAAACAAAGGUCCGUGUUCUUUGAUGUUAGGGUUUGCCACCCCAACGCGGAUCCUACAAAGACCUGAGCCCUCAACAAAAAUACAGGCAACAUGAAAACGAGAAGAAGAGGAUGUAUGUCCAAAGAGUGAUGGAGAUAGAACACGGAACGCUUACACCAUUAGUAUUUACAACGACUGGAGGCAAGAGUGCAAGAGGUAUCAUAGCAGAUUGGCUGAGCUGAUAGCAGCGAAGAAAGGCGAAGACUACUCUACGCCCAUGUCCUGGAUACGAGCCAAAGUCUCCUUUGCCAUCUUGCGGUCAGCUCUACUUUGUCUCCGAGGGACUAGAGCACCCAGGAGGAUAACCACGAACCUUCAAGAAACGGACUUCGAAGUAGACAAUUCUCGUGCCAAAAUUUAGGCUUAGACUUUUAGCAUAAAUUUUUACUAUAACAUAUAUUUUAACAUACUACAACAAUCUAGACUCACUUCCUUGUAUAUGCUAGUAAAGAAUAUAUUAUGAGAAAUAAAUGGAUUAUUAUAAAAAAAAGGAUUAAUAGCACUCGUCAUGUUUGAAAAUUUUGUCAAAUUGGACUCGCCCCGGCGACUCGUCCAAUUUUGGCACAAUUUCCAAACAUCACUCGUACUAUUAAUCCCUAAUUGUACCCGCCAUCGCAUGACUACCUUUACUAAGCGUAGUGUAGAUGGAUCUCUUCAUUCUUCAUUUCCUAUAACCAGUUUACUGAUUUCAAAAUUUUUUAGAGCAAGGCAACACAAUGGUACCUGUAUCAAAUACCCAGAAGAUGGAAUCUGCUUCAAAUAUCUCAACAUAUCUGUCCCGCAAUAUCGUAAUACGCCAAGAUUUAUCGACUACAGCCUGGGUUUAAACAAAACUAACGAAAUAUUGGCAAUGUUUCAGAAUCUCAUCACGGUAGUGGGAACUAAAGACUUGACUAAAUCAUGUCUACGCAGUGCCAGGACAUUUCUCUGUCAGUAUAUUCUAUCUCCGUGUUUGGAAGAUGGUUCAUUCAUACAGAUAUGUCGCCGUGAAUGCGACAUGUACGAGAGACAGUGUCCUAAGACUUUACAGAAAUUGUUAGGUGCGGCCAUUGUCCAAAUUCAUAGCUCAAAAAUAGAUUUCGCUCACAUUUCACUUCCAGGUGAUUGUCAGAAUCUCGAAUAUGAAGAAGAUUUGGCCAAAGUUGGAAGGCAUUGCCAUUUAACUGGAUUGUUUAGUAAGUAAAUAAGUACCAGGCGGUGGUUUAACAUGUAUUUUAGACUCAACCAAAGCCAUCUUAACAGCCUAUACACAUAUAGGGCUUCAGUAACGCAAUGGUCGCAUCCAACCUCGUUCCCAGGCUCUUUUCUCUGCGCUUACUCGCUUGAUGUUGUAAAACAUGGACUGGACUAUGGAUUGGACUAGACUUGUAAAACAUGGACUUGUAAAACAUCACUGGUAAAUCAUGGCUUUGUAAAACAUGGACUUGUAAAACAUCACUGGUAAAUCAUGGCUUUGUAAAACAUGUCAUCGAUAUUCGAGUGAAUGUCAGAUUAAUUUGACUUAAUUUGAGCACAUUAACCAUGUGUACACACAAUGCAACUACAAAAUAUGUUGUCACCCCCUGGCACCACCUUAUUUUGCCCUUGGAAUUGGACGGACAAAAACGAAACGUAGAUGGACCGAGUCAACACAAUUUAACUUUAUCAUUCUUAAUAUUUAACCCUUUUUGCUUUUGCAUAACUAUGUUAAAUAUUUUUACUAACAAUAUUUUGGCAAGAAAACUUCUUCCAAGGCAUGCAACUUUACAAGUCCAUGUUUUACAAGUCCAUAUAUUACUACAAGUCCAUGAUUUAGGGACCGUUCAUUUUUUAUGGGCAUGGGGCUGGUGGAAUUCGAGGGGGGUCACCAAAAAAUUAAUGACAUUCCCAGGGGGGUUGCCUAAAAAUUUAAAGCAUCAAAGGGGUGGGUCACCUUUAAUAAAUUCAACAUUUAAAAUGUUAUCAUGCCACUAAUAAUGCAUGCCACUAUACAGUAUACGGCUGUUCAGGUCGACUACUAAUUCAAUGAAAACGGGCCCAAAAGAGGUUAAAUGAGACUCUGGAAAAUGCAAUUUCCGACGAUCUAGAGACUUCAAAAUCCCAAAUUUUACCCCAUCGGCGCCAACCAUGGUGGCGCCUCGUGGGAUUCGGGCAUCUCCCAUAACAAAUGUAAACACAUAGAGAGUUGGUCCCGAUAAUCAAUUACCCAUUGAAUCGCAAAAUUAUUAAUAAAUAACUUUUAGUCCAUUUACUUGCAUUGAAGAUUGCGACUAUCGAUUUCGACACUAAAAUUUAAUGUUAAAACGGCACAAUUGCCCAUUCCAUGCCAUUAUACGGCUGGUCCAAAUCUUCUAAUUUAAAUACGGGUCCAGAAGAGGUUAGAUGAGACUCUGGAAAAUGCAAUUUCCGACGAUCUAGAGACUUCAAAAUCCCAAAUUUUCCCCGCUCGGCGCCAACCAUGGUGGCGUCUCAUGGGAUUCGAGCAUCUCCCGUUAACAAAUGUAGACACGAAGAAAGUUGGUCCCGAUAAUCAAUUUACUCAUUGAAUCGCAAAAUUGUCAAUAAAGAUCUUUUAGUCCAUUUACUUGCAUUGAAGAUAGCGACUAUCGAUUUCGACACUAAAAUUUAACGUUAAAACGGCACAAUUGCCGAUUCCAUGCCACUAUACGGCUGUACAAAUCUUCUAAUUCAAUGAAAACGGGUCCAAAAGAGGUAUGGAUGAAACUUUGGGAAAUGAAAUUUCCGACGAUCUAGAGACUUCAAAAUCCCAAAUUUUCCCACUCGGCGCCAACCAUGGUGGCGCCUCGUGGGAUUCGGGCCAUUUUCCAUUAAUUAACAAAUGUAAACACAUAGAAAGUCGGUCCCGAAAAUCAACCCAUUGAAUAGCAAAAUUAUUGUCAAUUUUAUUAAUUUUUCAUGCUACUCUGAAUACAGUCUACAUCGGGUUUAGAACCUGCGAACAUUGCUAUGGGUUCGAAACCCACCGUGAUCAAGCUGAUUUUUCAGCUUGCCCGGUGUGGACUGUGCUCAGAAUAGCUUGAAAAAUUACUAUAACACCUAAGUACAAAAAUGCACCACAACAAAUAUAUUUUAGUCGCAUUCAUUUACUCGCAUUAAAGAUUAGCAGUAUAUAUUUCGAGAAUAUAAUAUUAAAACGGCUAAAUUGCAUUAAAUAUCAUAGUUUGAAUGAAAAUGUAGACGAAUAUGUGUAAUAUUAAAUAAUUACCUUGCAUUUGAUCUCUCUUUUUUUUUGCGUGGAAGAGGGGGGAGGGGGGGGGUUACCAAAAAGAAAAGACUACCCAAGGGGUGGGCCAAAGAAAAGAAAUGAUCUAAUGGUGGGGGUCACGAAAUUUUCGGGUGACCGACUGCAAAAUUCCACCAGCCCCCCCAUGCCCAUAAAAAAAUGAACGGUCCCUUACAAGUCCGAAUUUUACAAGUUCAUCAUUUACAAGUCCAAUCCAGUCCAUGUUUUACAACAUGCCCACAGAGCGCCGUUUCCUUCUGGUUAAUAAUUUCCGUGUUGAACUCAUUACACUAAUGUGAAAAGAGUCAGUCAACGCUCUACCGAAAGCCGCGUGUGCUCUCUCUGGGUGCUCUGGUUUCUUCCCACAGGGAAUGCAGACAGGGUGGGCUAGAAUUAACCUCUAUAACUGGUCCAUAGCUGUGCUCCGCGGUAAAAUGAGAUAUUGAGACACGAGCCACAAUUUAAGGUGGCUGCCUGCAGAAUUGCACUAAGGGAAGCCUGACUCGAUCACGUUUCAGAGUCCUUCACAAUUCAGCUUAGCCCUCAGCUGCAAGUAAAGAUAAUUAGCGCAUUCAAAUAACUUACUUGCUAAAUUGUAUCGCAAUAUUUUGAAACCUUCCAUCAUUUUGUUUUAGAUUAUAGUACAUUAAAUGUCUCGACCAGCUCUACAACCGACAGUCCCCCAAAUGGCAUGGCAGCGAUCAUUGCUCCUGUGAUUGUCGUCAUCACAGUUUUAGCGGUGGCUUUCCUCCUGUACAGACGACGCAAGAACAGAGAAGAACAAGCUAAGUUGGAUUCAGGGACACCAUCGUUGAAAAUACGCGGUCUCAAAUGGUCUAUUAGAGAUCACAUCAAUAAGAUGUCUGCGGAUGACCAGCUAAAGUCUAUGAUGCCAGUCAAUGAUGUGAAGAAGAUCAAACAGUUUCCAGUGGACAGAAUCUCGUAUGAGAAAGAUCUUGGGGAAGGACAAUUUGGACAAGUGUUUCAAGGUAAGAGGAACACUGUGAACGCUGAAAUGUGAUCAAAUCCAAGAUGUACUGGCUGGUUACCACCAUGUCUGACCAUCCCCCUGUAAUCCUUCUCGAGUAAGCUAGAUGCACAGGAAGAUAGAUAAAUAUAAAUCACUGCCAAGGUAGAAAAAACUAGUUUUUUUACCAGUACCCUGCUUUUAUCUGCUACAUCACACGUGCUCAGCAAGAACGCACGCAAAAAAGUCUCGUCUCCAUGCAGGUACCAAGAACAGAAAAUGUUUGUUUGCUUAUUUUGAACGUCCCAAGUUAAAGGACAUUGGAAAUAAAAUUAAGUUUGUCUUAUUUGAAAGAUCUUUCAAAAUGAUAUAUGAAGUCCCGUUUUCCGUAUUUUGCUCAGUUUUCGAAAUAUUUCGACCUGAAAUAGCGCGCAUGUCCGUCAUCUUGGUCUGAUAAUUAAAAUGACGUCACGACUGGGAUAAACCUGUUAAAACUUCUCAAUAUCUAAUUGAAUUCCAUUGAAAUAUUUAAUAAAUUGUUGCCAGGUAAUUGCAAAAUGAAAAGCCUCCAAAAAAUCCACGCCUGUCUACCUGCAAAAUGAUGUGUGGUUGGCAAGAUAAAUUUCCAUGUUUUACCCAGUUGUGCAUAGGUUUGCAUAUCGAAUGCAUAUCCACGAUUGCGGACUGCACGAUCGUUAUUACUAAGCUAUUUCAGGUCGAAAUAUUACGAAAACUGAGCAAGAUACAAAAAACUUGUAAAGCGACUUCUACUUCACCUAUCAUUUUACAAGUUCUUUCAAAUAAGACAAACAAUGUCCUUUAAGAAAGAUUUACUUCGGGUGCCAUCUGUCACCAAUAUGAUUUUUUUGCAUUUUUUAGGUCGUGCAGUAGGUUUAAACGAAGGCGAAGUUGACUCGGACGUCAUAGUGGCGGUAAAAACGUUAAAGAAAGGAUCUUCACCUGAAGCGAAAUCAGAUUUUGACCAAGAAGCUUGUCUCAUGAAUUAUCUUUGUCAUUCAAACAUCGUGCGUCUUCUUGCGGUCUCCGCCAUGGAGGAGCCAUACUGUAUGAUCUUCGAGUUCAUGAGCAAUGGAGAUCUCAGCAAAUAUCUAAGAAAUUCGCAACCGUUGAAAGAUGAUGAACCAAUCGAUGAUAAUAAAAGUAAUACGAUGUUUGCCUCGAAAUCUUUUCAGUGUCCUCCAAGGGAAUGCAAAUCCCGUAUUUCCCUCAUUACGCAUGCAACGGGCAAAAUUACUCCAUGUUCUCUAAAUUUACCCGGGAAAAUUAGUUGAAGACAAAGAUUUUUUGUCUACUACUUUCCCUCAUUAACCAUGCAGGGGCGAGUUAGUACUAAAUUUCCCGCUUGCAUAUCUAUAUUAGUCAAAAGGCGGUCAAGCAACACGGACAACAACAUAUUUACUCAUAUACAGGGUGUAUAAAAAAAAGUAUACAGUUGGGAAAAGGUCACUUAAAUCAUAUGGGCGCGAAAUCUUUCAGUAAACCUAAGUACUUUAACGUUCUCUGAUACAUCUAGCAUUAAAAUUAUUUGGGAGAAAAUCCAGGUUUUGAAGAUAUCGUGUUGGUUUACGAGUGCACAAAUUUUCUUGAAACUUUGAUAGCUUGUGCAAAACAGUCCAUAUUUUGAUGCUGUGUGAUUAACUUUUGUUUCCGAUGAAUAAUUUUUGUGCGCAAGGCCUUUUUGGGAGGGUUUUUUGUAAAAGUUCUCCCACUCUAAAAAAGCUAGCAUUUCAAAUAAUUUUAAUGCUAGAUGUACCAGAGAACGUUAAAGUACUUGGGUUUACUGAAAGUUUUCGAAAAUUUCGCGCGUGUCUGACUUUAGUGAAUUUUUUCCAACUGUAUACUUUUUUUGAUACACCCUGUAUAGACGUGAGACGUCCUCCUAAAAGUUUUUCUCGCCCUCAAACUUUCACAAAUCUUCCCUAGGAAGCGGACAUCAGUGUAAUCGCCAAUUUACAUCAAACCAUGUUACUUGUAAUAAGUUGAUUAUAGGCUUUCUCUAAGACCUAUAAAUGUUGCCGUAACUAUGGACAGGGCCGUACGCAGGAAUUUUUCACCAGGGGGGCAGUAAGGCCUAUAUGCCAAAAAAAGUCCCAAAUAUCCAAAGAAUAAUUAAUAAUGACAUUCUAAAAAUCGUAAAUAUAGUUUUCUACUCGGGGAACUACAGCCUGACUAUGGACCAUAUAAGUGGGAGUGUGCUUGUUAUCCUUACUUGAAGCUGAGAGCUUGAAUUACGAAGGACGACAGCUCAACAUGACCACGUUAAUGAAUUCAUCCAAAAUGGCGGACAUCUCAUUGCUUUCAGUCAAAAUAUUUCAAAAACUAAGCAAGAUAUGAAAAAUCAGUAAAAUAGUUUUAAAUAUGAUUUUAAAUGCUCUUUCAAAUGAGUCAAUUUCUGUUAAUAUGAGUUUUCAUUUUCGUUACCCUUUAAUUAAAAUCCCAACCCAGUCGGUCAUGUUGUCAAUAUUGCCCGUGGGAGGAAACCAGACCACCCUGGGAAAACCCACGACGGCAUGACUUUCGUUAAAGCGUUGGCUGACCCAGUACAGAAGCGUUGGCUGACCCAGUACAGAUAUUUUAAAAACUGUCAUGAAUUUGGAGAAAAAACAAACCAUCAGUCAGAGUUGAAAAGUGUACUGAAGCCCAACUUUAGUAAAACAAGUAAAAUAAAUACUAUGACGACACUAAUUAUUGAACUGCAUUUCACUAUUUCAUGUCACUAUUUCAUUUCAUGUCACUAUUUCAUUUCAUGUCCACGAUAUGCAGUUAUAAAAUACAGUUUUCUGAGCAGUCAGAGAACUGUAUUAUUUACUUGUGCUGUGCAACUGCAUGUUGGGAAGCGUUUGGUCAGACAGUAGUGAGUAUGGAAAGGUUCAACUUUGUUUACACGGCUCUGGAGAAGUAAGAUUACAGAUAAUUAUAAAUCGAAGAUUUUUCGCCGCUGUUCAAAGUAUACAGUCGAUACGAAUCGUUUCUCCAUACCAAACGUUUGACCAAAUGCAUAUAUUCUCAUCUUUAUUUCUGUGUGUGUCCGCAAGUGAGAGCCCAAGAUAAGCAAAAUGCUUUUGACUCAAACUUGCAAUUUUGUUGUAAAUAUCCUUUUCCUUUUAAGUUCUUUGUAUGUUUGCAUGGUGAUAAAAUAUAAUAGGUUUUGUUUGUGGAAACACCACGUAAAUAUGUACUAAAUAUGUACUAUGCAGUAAUAAAUUUACGUGGUGUUUCCACAAACAAAACCUUUUCCUUUUGUUGUUAUUAAAUAAUUAGGUUUAUAUCAACUGCAUUUUCUAGACAAGCUAUCACAAACCACAUUGAUUCACAUGUGUAUUGAUAUCGCGAGAGGACUGGAAUAUUUAGCAAGUUAUCGUCUCAUACACAGAGAUAUUGCAGCAAGGAACUGCUUGGUUGCAGAUGAUUUGACCAUCAAGAUAGCAGACUUUGGAAUGUCGAGAGAUAUUUAUUCCAAAAGUUAUUAUCAAGUAAGUGGAUUUUUAUAGUGGAUUUUGUAUUAUUUCUUGUCUACAGUAUGUUCAUUGUGUAAUAAAUUUUGUAUUUUUCUGCAAUAACGAACACUGAUGAGAGUUUCAAACAAAAGAGUGUGUAAUUAGUCAUUUAAACCCUCUUUACUCAAGGGAUGAUAUCGUCGUGAUAGUGCUAUAUUUUCUUUUUCUUUGCUAAUUAAUUGGGCCACCUGUACGGAUAUUUAUAGUAGGAGGCAAGCACUUUUGAACCUCUAGCUAAGUACAUACUAUAUGCUUUGUAAAACCACGAAGUGAAAAAAAAAAAAUGUUGUUGCUUGCAAUAUUGCAACAUUUAUUUGAGAGUACCAGGUGAUUCUUUUUUCUGAAACUCUAAUUUCUUUUUUGUCCAUUAUUCUUUUUCGAGUUCAAUUAUCAAGGACACUACAAGAAGUUAAUAAUAAUAAUAAUGGAUGUUUAUUGAAUCUCUCUUGCAGUAUAUUUACGCUGAAUUAACGAGUCCAAAGUAUUACUAUAAAACUAUAUUUACAUAAUUAUAUAUAUACAACUGUUAUAGAACUAUGUAUAAACAUUAAAAAUAUUUAAAAGUAAAAAAUUGUUCAGAUCUUAAGGUUCUGCAGUAGUUGUGUUCUUUAGUUGUAAAUAGCCUGAGGACGGGCCGUAGUGAAACUACUCGAAACGUAGCAAAAAUAAAAUAUUUUAAAAAUUCUUGUAGUAUCCUUGAUGACUGAACUCGAACAAGAAUAAUGAAGUACCAGGUGAACCAAAAUAUUUACUAAUUAUACUAGAGAAUUAACUUUAAAUUUACCAUUGUAGAUCGGAAGAGACACAUUUCUGCCAGUUCGUUGGCUUUCACCGGAAGCAAUAUUGUUCGGUAGAUAUACAGUUGAAACAGAUGUUUAUUCUUAUGGUGUAUUACUCUGGGAGGUAUUCACCUUCAGCAUGCAGCCAUAUUAUGGUUACACCAAUAAAGAAGUGCUGAAACUUAUUACCAAGGUUAGCAGAAUCUAUACUGUAGUUAACAAAGAACAAGUGCCUUAUUCGUACUUUAGAGGUAAUAUUUAGCGAGACUUUAAUUUCGCGAUUUUUUAGCAAAAAUAAAAAAGUGGAUUCAAUUUCGCGAAAGGAACUGAAACAUUUUAUUUAAAAAAAUGAACAUGUUUUACAAUACAACUAUAAACAAUAACAAUAAAAUGUCUAUAUACAGUACAAUAAAAAGGAGAGAAAUGCACAAUAGGCAGCAGGAUAUGUUGCUGAAACAGUUGAAGCAGGUUCUUUUCAUUUUAAACUCGUUUACACUAUAGAGUUUUUGACUUUUUUGCAUGAAAUAAAAUUGUUGUACAAAUGUUGUUGAUUUUUCUUUCGUCGCUAUAUAACAAAACACUUAAUGUCUGUUCCCUCGGGAAAUAGUCAGUUUCCCCUCGAAUCUCAAUGUUUCCCUCGACUACGUCUCGGGAAACAUUGAGACUCUCGGGGAAAACAAAACUAUUUCCCUCGGGAACCGACAUUAAGUGUAUAAUGUAUAAUAUAUUCAAAGUGUAUUCUCGUUCGUAAUAGACCUUUCCCCUUAUAACCAAAAUUUUGAUCUAGGCAAGUUUAGACAACUAUUAUAUCACAUCUUAUAUCACAUCUUGAAAGAGCAUCAUAAAAUUAGUAAUAUUCCAAAGUUUCGUUGCGAAAUGUUGUAAAAUGCGGAUAAUAUAGCCUUGCGAAAUUUGCAAUUUUCAGUCAUUUUGUAUUACAAAUGGGAAAUUGACAUCCCAACACCCGAAUCGGAUGUCAAUUUCCCGUUUGUAAUACAAAAUGACUGAAAAUUGCAAAUUUCGCAAAUCCAUAUUAUCCAACAUUUCGCAACGAAACUUCGGAAUAUUAUUAAUUUUGUGAUGCUCUUUCAAGCUGUGGUGAAAUAUUUGUCUAGAUCGAAAUUUUAGUUAUAAGGGGAAAGGUCCAUUGGGCAAAAAGUUUGCAAAACGCGUCGGAUAAUUCUCGGUAUUGAAGCCGUCGCGUUAUUUCAACUGCUAUACGCUAUCAACGUGCAACUACUUUUUUGGCCCGAAGUUCGGUCCAAAAAAGUAUAUUUGCACGCUGUGGUUACGAAGCCCCAGCGCGGUCAUUGUUUGCCAUAAAAAGUGCGCGAAAAUUCCAUAUUUUUAAAAGCGUAAACAAAAUGGUUUUGCUUUCUUUCUAGCUUUUGAAUAUAUAAUAAAACAAUUAUUGAAUACGGUUUUCGUAUGAUAUCGAGAAUUAUCAAGGCCUUGGUUUGAGUUAUCCACCUCAGCCUUCGGUGGAUAACUCAAACCUUGUCCUUAAAUUCUCGAUACCAAAGUCAACCUCAUUCAAUAGUUACAAGAGUGUGUUGUGCACUGUUUUCGCCAUGUUCCCGGUUUGGUCUAUAAAAUUGUAUAUAUAUCAACCUCGACAAAUUCCACCACCUUAGUAUAAAAACUCAUUCAAUAAUUGUUUAAUAUUGUAUUUUCCCCCAGAGUAUUCAUUUGGCCAAGCCAGAGUUUUGUCCAAAUUUUGUGUACCAGAUCAUGAAGAAGUGUUGGUCUGAGGACCCAGAAUUACGACCUCACUACGACAAAAUUAUCGACGCUUUGAAUGGAGCUAAAUCAAUAAACGACACGCCUAAAUCACGUGAACAACCUGAGAGUGAGAUGCAGCCGGAGUAUCAGAAUUUUAUCUCACUUGGUAACAACGGUUAGUAACUGUAUUUAUAAUAUAACAUUUAUAGUACGCGCGCGCUGAUUGGUCGAGAACUCAUGCUUCUAUUUAACAAUUAGUCGCCGAAGGCUAGUCACUGAGCCAAAAUUGUUUUAUUAGUAAUUUUUGAAGAGGAAACAUACACAGAAAGUUAUGAGGACAGUUGAAAAGGCUACAAGACAAAAUUAAGCGCUUUUAUAUAAAAACAUGCCGGCAAAAGCAACACUCGCUACGAGUGUCAAAACAUCAAAGCAGAAAAAAACAGUUUCGUGAGAAAAAUACUUUGAAGAUGCACAACAAAAGAGAAUGGUUUUAAAAAUAUAUCACAGCUAGCUUUUUGCUGAAUAUAUCAUCCUUCAAUUUAGCGGCAUUAUUAUAUAAUUCUAUUUCAAGCUUUAAAUCAGGCUCAAAAAACGAUUUUUGUUUUGAAUUCAGCAACUCGCGAAGACGCCAUUUUGAAAAAAAGUUAUAGUCAUUGACCAGUCAGUGACCAUCAGUUUUUACAAGCUCAUUUUUGACCAAUCAGAAUGCAGGAAAAAUUAUAGUCACCUCAAAAUUUCUACUAAAACUGUAUAGAAACACGGAAAGUUUCCCGCCAAAACUUAAAAUCGUGAACAAAACAAUGCAAAAUCGUGAACAAAACAAAAAAAUUUUCAACCAAAGUCGGGUUUUUGAAGUAAAAUUGAUGAGAAAAGGUCAGCGUGCGUACGUAAUGAGAAUUUAUAAAUUAAUCGAGUUUAAAAAUGUCUCUUGAAUUAUAUUCAUCAUUCGCUUCUGUUUGAUGUUUCGAUGUUUCAGCUUUUGUUGUGUCAUGUUGUUCGUUGUAUUGUGAUAUAUUGUACAAUGCGCACGUGUCCAUUGUUAUGAGAGAGAUGCCUUGCAUGGGUCACUCCAUUUUUCCCUUCAGGGCCAUUUGUCUGUAUUUAUAUUGUGGUUCCAAUAAAGUUGUUAAAUUAAAAUUAAAUAUGAAAUAAAAAACAUAUUUCUGAUUCUACUAAAACAAUAAGAUUACUCGCUCUCAAUUUCUAUGACAUGAUAGUUGAUACGGGCUUCGCCCUUAUCAACUAUCACCUCAUAGAAAUCUCGAGCUCGUAAUCUAAUUGUUAGAUAGAAUCAUUUGUGGUAGAGUUGGGAGAACUCGAAAUAACGUCAAAAACUUGCCCUACAGUAUAUACGGGAUCGUUUUCUCCCAACGGAAAAUGUUUUCGGCUAUUUCUUAAAUAUAGCAAGAGUCUAGCAUCGAUAGCAGAGAUUUUAGGGCUAGGGUUAAUUUUAGGCUUAGAGGUAGGAUUAGGGUUUGCUAUAUUAGGUGUCUGGGGUGAUCACCCCGUUCACAUGCGACGUUCUAAAUUUUAGAACUCUCGCUAUAUGCGAUUUCUAACAUGCGGAACGGUUGACCGGGUAGCCGAUUCGGCGUUACGCGCCUCACUGGCUAUCAGCUCAUAUUCGACUCGAGUUCGUAUAGAAUAACUGUUAAAUAGCCGAACAAUAAUUCUGUUGUGAACCAUUUUUUCCCCUUAGCAUUUGACGCAAAGUCCAGUGGAAGGAAUGACACCCACGAAUAUCCGUUAAUUAAAUCUGCACAACCGUCAAAUCAACCUGAAGCUCUCAAGAAAGAAGGAUCAUCAAGCAGCAGUCAAGGAGGUGUUAACUCUGGAUUGGAUUUUGACUCUGAACAAGUUGACGUUGUGGAAAGAAGACCAAGCAAUCAAUCGGACACUUUGAACAAAUAA